GAGCAGACCAGUCGGGAAAGGCUGGCCGGCGAUGGCUCAACCUCUGGGGGCGGGGCUCAAUUUAAAAGUCGCAGCCAGAGUUUCAACACGGACACUACCACCAGCGGCAUCAGCUCCAUGAGCUCCAGCCCAUCCCGAGAGACGGUGGGUGGCGUGGACUCUUCUACCAUCGACACGGACUGUGUUAGCCUCAAUACGGUCAUUAGCACUCAAACUGUCAAAACACUUAACUCUCUCACGCCCCAGUCCAACCACCUGCCCUUGUCCAAAUCUAACUCAGUACUGCUGAUGCCACCAGGUUCCUCUCAUACUUUGCCACGGAGGGCUCAGUCCCUUAAAUCGCCCUCUGUCACGACCAUUUCAAGCCUGACAGACUGUAGCUUCAUGUACACCAGCCCUCGAGACGCAUUGGGCUAUGCUACUCUCAAACGACUACAGCAGCAGCGCAUUCACCCUUCCCUUUCCCAAAGCGAAGCGCUCGCCUCGCCUGCCAAAGAUGUGCUCUUCGCCGAUGCCAUCACUAUGAAAACUGGCAGCCUGGACUCCAGA